GAGUGACGGAGUGAGUGAACCAAUCGCUGCAAAGGUAGGCGGGGAUUUUCAAAUUUCGUCAACAGUUCGUUCAAACCUCGUUAUUCUCCGUAACACAUUGAACACGGCGCGGUCAGAACAACUAACCGGGGUUUACCGGAGAAGAAAAUGAGCCACGUUGUUUGUACUGAAAUCUCAAACAGAACACAUUAGAAGAUGGCGACAGAGAUGGCGUACUUUAAGAACAAUUUUUGGGGAGAGAAAAAUGCAGGUUUUGACGUUCUCUACCACAACAUGAAGCAUGGACAGAUCGCCACCAAAGAGCUGGCAGAGUUUGUGCGUGAGAGGGCGUCCAUUGAGGAGACUUACUCGAAAUCAAUGAGUAAACUGGCCAAGAUGGCUAGCAAUGGAAGCCCUCUCGGCACAUUCGCCCCCAUGUGGGACGUGUUUCGUGUGUCUUCCGACAAACUGGCCCUUUGCCACCUGGAGCUCAUGAGGAAGAUGAACGACCUCAUCCGUGACAUCAACAAGUACAACGAGGAGCAGGUCAAAAUUCACCGCAAGACUAAGGAGGAGGUGAUUGGUACUCUUGAGGCUGUGCAGUCGGUUCAGGUGCAGAAUGCCCAGCUGCAGAAGGCCAGAGAGGGCUACCAUAGCAAGUGUAUGGAGCUGGAGAGACUACGCAAAGAAGGAGCUCCUCAGAAAGAGCUGGAAAAGGCUGAACUGAAGUCUAAGAAAGUGGCCGAAUCUUUUGCAGGGUCUAUUGAGAAGUUCAAUCGUGUUAAAGGAGAGUUUGAACAGAAGAUGUGUGAAUCAGCACAGAAAUUUCAGGGCAUUGAGGAGGCUCAUCUACGACAGAUGAAGUUUCUCAUCAAAGCGUAUUCCCAUUCCAUUGAAGAUACACACGUACAGGUUGGCCAGGUCCAUGAGGAAUUCAAGCAGAACGUGGAGAACAUUGGCGUUGAGAACCUCAUCCAGAAGUUUACAGAGCAGAAGGGAACAGGGAAAGAAAGACCCGGUCCCGUAGGGUUCGAGGAGUAUCUGUCUUCACUGGUACCUGAGAACAAUAAAAAGAGUCGCGCUAAAGCCUUUAGGAUUCCUGGAUUGGGAAAGAAAGACAAGGAGCCUGAUUCUGCGGAUUCAGCUGUUGCAGAUGCUCUUAAUUCGCCCCUCGAAGUGGACGACGAAGGAUUUGUCAUACGUGCAGACAUCAACCAAAAUGGUUGUGCUGCUGAAAACAAGGAUGGCAAUUUUUACUCCAGUGACUCGGACUUUGAUGAUGAGGAGCCGAAGAAAUUUCACAUUCAAAUCCGACCAGUCGCCACCAGUAGCCGUAGCAACUCAGCAGCCAAUGAACUGGAGCUUAAGGCCACGGUGGGAGCGUUGACUCUUCCCCCUAAUAGAACAGCAUCUGUUAAGAAACAGCUAUCACGAAACUCCAGUUCAGCGGGUCGGUCUGAAGGUGAAGGAGAAAGUGUUUCUCAUAGAGAUGGAGAACAGGAAGGUCUGCGCAGGUCCACAUCUAGUCCAGAUCACAGCAGGUUGAGCUCGGCAGCAUCCGGUUCUGAUGCUCUGUUUGGACCUCCUCUGGAGUCCGCCUUUAAAUCUCACAGUUUUGCUGGCAGAGAGCAACUCCAGAACGCCUUUGCUGCAUCUGAAUAUGCUGCAUUCUCUUCUGAUUCGUCGUCUCCUGAUAAUGUGGAGGAUUCUGGAUUGGAUUCACCUUCCCAUCAGCCCCUCGGUGUGUCCCCAGAGCCUGGUUGGGCAGCCUGGCCCCCAGCUCCAUCUAAAGACUCUGCAAACUUUAGUCGAACUUCAGACCCUUUCUUAGCUGCCUUCCACGACCCCUCGCCCGGCCGUUCACCUCUACCGCAAGACGACCCGAACAACGCCUGGCCUUCCAACCUACGCUCUCCUCGUGCCCCACCCGACAUCGAGGCCACCACCUUCAGCUUCCCGGCCUUCUCCCACAGCCUGGCAUCUUCAGACCAAGAACCCUCAGUAUGGAGUUGCAAACACAUCCCCCCCGAAGACCCCUUUCUGGCUGCCUUCGAGCGUUCGGCCCCCAAGGACAGCACGCCUCCACCUGAUGCCUGGGCUCUGCCUCCACCUCGGCCCGCCAGGGACGGCAGAGGCGUUGACCCCUUUUCCGUUUCUUUGAGUGACACUAAGACCCUUCCUCCACCGUCAUCAUCCUUCAGUCGCAAGGACAGAGACAGGAGAAAAGAACAUAGUGUCCCGCCUCCAGAGUCUCCGGAAGAUCCGUUCGCUAUUACUAUGGUUGGCAGUCCGACGCACCAAUCAUCGUUGGCAGCGCAGGUCGCUGCACAAGGCAGGGUCAAUGGAAAUAGGCAGACGCCCAGUCCUAACCCCGUCCCAAAGAAAGAGCUGGUACAUUGGAACUCUGUGCAUAACCCCUUCAGUGAGGGAACUCCCAAUAACAAAACUGUUACGCAAGUGUCCAGAAGACAGAGAUCUUUUAACGAUGAACCUCGAAGGAACGGACCGCCACUCACACGGCAUUCUGGGCCACAGGAGGACCUCUGCUUCUCUACAGACAAGGACCAGAACUGCCUGGACAUUAACGUACAACCAGUCUCCCAGCAUGGUUUCAGGCAGGAAAGCACUGAGCAUGUGGUCUUAGCUCCGCCCCGGUCGGUUCGGUCCAAGCGCUCCUCAGGCAGACUCAGUGGCUGUGAGCGGUCUAGAUCACUGUGCUCAUCUCCACUGCCAGCGCCCAGUCCUCCUCUCACCUCUUCAUCGUCUUCCAGCCCUAGCGAGUGGGGAGUGCAGAAUCGUGUUCCCAGUCCAGCCCGAGGUUUGUCUCGAGGACCCAGUCCCAUUUCUCUGAGCACGCAGGAGUCGUGGCCCGUAGCUGCAGCCAUCACAGAGUACAUCAAUGCUUACUUCAAAGGAGGAGAACACAACCGUUGUCUAGUUAAGAUCACCGGUGACCUCACCAUGUCGUUUCCUGCCGGAAUCACCCGCAUUUUCAAUGCCAACCCAAAUCCGCCGGUGCUUAGCUUCAGACUGGUCAACAUCUCCCGAGUGGAUCACCUAUUACCCAAUCAAAAGUUACUCUACAGUGACCCAUCACAGAGUGACCCAGACUCUAAAGAUUUCUGGUUCAACAUGCAGGCCUUAACACUUCAUCUGCAGAGAGAGGCAGAGCUCAACCCACAGGCCUCUUAUUACAACGUGGCUUUGCUUAAAUACCAGGCAUCAUCUCAGGAUCCGGCUCGUGCUCCCCUGCUGCUGUCAGCGGAGUGUCAGCGUAGCGGCACGGUGACCCGCGUUUCUCUGGAUUACCACUGCUGCCCAGCGACCGCCCCUGCCACACAACUGACCUCCGUACAAGUGCUGCUACCCCUUGAUCACACUGCCACCGACCUGCAGUGCCAGCCACCCGCAUCCUGGAACGCAGAGGAAAGACGACUCUUAUGGAAAUUACCCAGCCUCUGCCCGACCAAUCACAGCAAAGGGUCUGGCACAUUGUGUGCCAGUUGGCAGUGCCUUGAGGUGCCCCGUGGUCCUCCACCAAGUCUGGCUGUACAGUUUGUGGGAUCUGGGGCUUCUCUCUCGGGCAUGAAUGUGGAGUUAGUGGGCAGUCGAUACCGCAUGUCCCUGGUGAAGAAGCGAUUUGCCACUGGAAAGUAUAUGGCUGGCUGUUCUUUGUGAGAGAGGUGAUAGUGUCUGGUCUGGUACCACAGAGGCACACUGUUUGCACUUUUUCUGGGCUGGAGAGUUCAUAUUGUACACAAGUGUGACAUACGGGAAAUAGAGACUACCCACGAUGCAUCACUUGUAUUUGCAGGAACUGUAUGCACUUGAACUGGGGACCAGCUGGCAACCAGCUUGAAAUCUAAACAGAUAAACCCAAGAAGCUCUAUUUUAUUUGUAUAUAUUGUUUGUUCUGUGCACAGACCUUGUUUGAAGUUUAAAAAACUGGAUGUAAAUGUCAUUUUGAGGCAAGUUUGUGAACAAUUAAGUAUAAACUACAGUGAUAUAUGUAUAAACAUUUGAAAUUACAUUUACAAAAACGGUCCUGUUCAUGUUGAGUA